AGGCAGGGCCUGUAGCGGGAGCCAGGAGCUGGUGCAAUGGGUGAUUGAGGUGCCCGAGCGCGGCUCAGACGGCAGGUUUAGGGAAGGUUGAACAGCCCCCUUGAUCAUGUCCAAACCCACAAGCAAAGAUCCGUCCUUCCGUGAGCGAUUCAAAAGCCUUCUGGGAAUUGGCCCUCGUAUUAACACCAAGCAAACGGAAUGUAAGCCAGCAGAAUUCAUCAUAACGAGUGAAAUACUAAAGGAUCUGAACAUAGAGUGUGGACUUUACAACAGAAUAAAAACCAUUGGCCAUGUUUGUGACCUAGCCAGGACCAGGAAGUUUGAAGAGCAUGCAGUGGAAGCUGUGUGGCAGGCUGUGGAUGACUUGAUUUCUGAUGAACACUCUGAGGCUAGGCAUGCAGUAUUGCAACUGAUGAAGGCUAUUAUUCAGGGACAGAGCGAAAGACUCGGGCCAAUCCGUGCACACUUCUUCCUCAUCAUCAAGGAUUACCCAGUGAAUGGUGACCUGCUUGAGAGACUUGACGUCUUCAAAGCGCUAACAGAAAACGGAAAAGACAUCACCUACUUGGAGGAAGAUCUGUCCUCUUUUGUCCUCAAGUGGUUGGAUAUUGGUCUCACUGCGGAGUUUCUGGAGGUGCUAGUCAAUCUUGUCAAAUUCAACAGCUGCUACCUGGAUCUGAUUGUGGCUCAGAUAGUCCAUAAAAUCUGUGUUCUUUGUAAUCUGACCACAGUGCCAACAGAUAUAGAGGUUUCUUUACAAGUCCUCGAUGCCGUUGUUUGCUAUAACUCUUUGCCUUCUGAGUCUCUUCCGGGAUUUAUCAUUACGCUUUGCCGCACGGUCAAUGUCAAGGAGUUUUGUGAGUCCUGUUGGAAGCUGAUGCGCAAAGUCUUGGGAACUCAUCUGGGCCACAGUGCAAUUUAUACAAUGUGUCGCAUUAUGGAGGAUAAAGUGCACAUGGAUGAUGCGGCUUUAUUGAGAGGUGCAGUAUUCUUUGUUGGAAUGGCUCUUUGGGGUGCACAUCGUCUCUUUACCCUGAAGAGUACCCCAACAUCCGUUUUACCCUCUUUUUAUAAGGCUAUGACAAGUGCCAAUGCAGUAGUUUCCUAUGAAAUUGUCCUGUCUAUCACUAGACUGAUCAAAAAAUAUGGAAAAGAGUUGCAGGUGGUUACCUGGGAACAACUUUUAAAUAUUAUUGAAAGGUUACUUCAACAAAUCCAGACACUGGGUAGCCAUGAGCUGUCAGUUAUUGUACAUGAACUGUUAACCACUAUAGAGGAGUUGUAUGAGCAGAAUGAUUACCAUGGUCCGCAGGAGCGAUUAUUCACACUGAUUGAGAAGUGCUCUGAUAAGAGACCGGAGGUCUCUGUCCUAACACUUGUAUCCUACCGGGCUCAGUCUAUUCAUCCUGCAAAACACUACUGGAUUCAAAAUCUGCAGGAACUAAUGGAGAAAUUCUUCAGGAAUGAGAAUCGGAGCACCAUUCGCAAGAAAGCUCUUGAUGUUUUGUCAUUUGUUUUGAGCAUCAAUCGGCAAUUGUAUGAAGAGGAGCUGAUUGAAGCUAUAGUGAUCCCCCAGCUAGGGCAUAUUGCAGAUGAUAAAGAUCAUAUGGUACGAAAAUUAGCCUCUCAGCUGCUAGUGGACUUGGCAGAAGACUGCAACACACCUCAAUUUAAUAAUCUCUUGGAUAUUAUAGAAAAGGUUGUUAAUCGGCCACUCAUUGACCCACCUGUUGUGGAAGCUGUGGAAAGUGAUUUUUUAUAUGAAUCUCCACUGGAGGAUGUGAAGACAGCUGUCCUGGGGCUUCUAGAGAUUCUUCAGACCAAAUUGUAUUGUUUACCAGCCAGUCACGCAAGCCGGGUAUAUGAGCUUCUGAUUAGUCACAUUCAGUCACAUUACCAACAAAUGUACACAUCUUCCAUUGCAAGCAGUAUACGCCUAAAGGUAUUCAAUUUCUUUCUGCAUCUUCGAGUUGACUCACUCUUUCGCAUUGGACUGCCAAAUAAGGAUAGAAUAGUGAGAUUCAGUCCAUAUUGUCUCUGUGGAAGCAGUGAAUCUGAGAAGAGAGGUUGUGAGAAAAAAGGACAAGGUACAGUUUCUCCACCAGCGGGAAGCCCUGCAGCAGCUCAGAAUACCACCAUUCGCAUGGGCUAUUUACCUUUCUCUUUGGCUUUUAAUGCUCUUCUCCAGUGCCUCGAACAUGAGACCGACUGGAAGGUGCUGAAACUUGUACUGGAUAAACUACCUGAAUUACUGAAGUAUAAAGGACUCAUUCUGACCUCUCCAUGCAGCGUAGACCAACUCUGUUCAGCUCUCUGUGCCAUGGUCACAGACCGCCAGCUAGCAGAGAGGUUGAGGAACACACCUGAUGGUUUCUCUCGCACUGAUGUCCAGUUGGCAGUUGUCCCGGUGCUGACUGUUAUCACCUCAUACCAUAUUUACUUGGACCAGUCUAAACAGCGUGAAUUUGUUCAUUGCCUUGAUACUGGCCUGAUCUACCGUUGUGCCAAACAGUGUGUAGUAACACUGACCAUGUGUAUCAUCGAGAUGCCCGACAUAAUGGUUAAGCUGCUUCCUGGCAUUAUUCUCAAAUUGACUCAUAUCUCUGCCACCCUCACCAUGGCUAUCCCAAUGCUGGAAUUUUUAUCAACUUUGGUGAGACUUCCUCCUCUGUAUGCCAAUUUUGUGGCAGAACAGUACGUCAGUGUAUUUGCUAUCUCCUUACCCUACACUAACCCUUUCAAGUUCAACCAAUAUAUAGUGUCUCUAGCACACCACGUCAUAGCCAUGUGGUUCAUUCGUUGUCGGCUUGUGUUCCGAAAAGAUUUUGUCCGGUAUAUCACAAAAGGACUACGGUCAAAUGCCUUAUUACCAUUUGAGGACACGCAUGAACCCAGCAGUUUUCGAGCCCGUAGCACAAGUUUGAAUGAAAGACCCCUCAAAAGCUUGCGAGCCACAAAGCCCCUAAAGCCAGGCUUGAAUAGUUCCCAAAUAAAAGAUAUGAAAGACCUCUCAGCAGUCGAGGCCUUCCGAUCCCGCAGCAUCAGUGUUUCAGAACAUGCAGUCCGCAGAAUGCAGACUUCUGUCACAAGUUCAAGUUUGGGAUCAGCAGAUGAGAAUUCGAUGGCAGAGGCUGAAGAUAGUCUUAAAACUGUGCACCUUGAGCUAACUGAGACCUGCUUGGAUAUGAUGGCUCGAUAUGUUUUCUCCAACUUCUCUGCUCUGCCCAAGAGGUCCCCUGUGGCAGAGUUUCUUCUUGGUGCAGGAAGAAGUAAUACAUGGUUGGUUGGAAACAAACUCGUCACAGUUACCACCAGCAGUGGUGUCGGAGCGAGAGCGCUGUUGGGUUUAGAUUCCUUGGAUCAAAAGAGAACUGAAGAGGUAUCCAGGCUUGAUUUAUCUCAACAAGUAAAAACAACCCAAGAAGCACCUGCCAAGCUGGAGUCUCAGACUAGCCAGCAGAUUGGAAAAGCUGCACGCCUGCGAGUGAGAUCCAUAUCAGGUGGCCAUGCUCUUCACAGUGAUUCAGUUCCGAGUUUAAGUCCCCUGGUGUCACCCUCAGAUAGCGAAUUCUGCACUCCUGCAGCAUCAAAUUUGAAAGGAUUGGAAAACAGGAAAGCAUUGCGUCAGGAUGGACCUUAUUCAAGUGGCCAACUGCUCUACCAGAAGGAAAAAGCCAAUCUGGCUGAAUAUGCGCCUGUACUAACUCAAGGCUGGGCCGAAGUAUACAUUCGGCGGCCCUCAGGUAAUGCAAGUUGGCUUCUGUGUCUGGAGAAUCCACCAAGUCCAUUCUCAUCUGAGAUAAACAACAUGCCCCUACAAGAACUGUCCACAAUGCUAAUGGCUGUAGAGAGAGUGACUGAUCCACGUCAGCAUGGUCCCAGUCGAUCAGAAUCCAUGCCAUGCCCGACUGCUGGAGCAGCUAAACCCACCUUGCUUCAGCGCUUCAACACUGUCGAUUCUUUCUCUUCUAUGUACCAGACAAGCUGUCAAGAAAAGUUGCACAGGAGCAUUUCCUGGGCAGAUUCAGUUGCAGUGGUAGAGGAAGGUGAUGGGCCUGGGAUGCACUUGAAGGUGUGCGACUCUCCUGUGGAAUCUCAAGAACUUGAAGACUUUGAGGCUAUGGUAUCUGAGCCAAUCUUCAUGCCUGCAGAGAGCUAUGAUAAAAGUCCAGUGCACUGCAGUAGAUCGUCAUCAACUUCGAGUCAAGAGGAAGACAAAAUCCUUCAAGUGGAGGAUAGUGGGCUUAUGGGAAUUGCAACAGAAAAGGUUGUGCCAUCUUCAUUAGCUGUGGAUCUCUCGGAAGAAGAAUUCAAUAUUGACCACGCUCAAAUUCUCAAUAAAUCUAGCUCCUCCCCCGAACUUCAGAACCUGCAAGAAAUGACAGAACUAAAUGGGAGAGAGGGACUCCCUGGGAAACCUGUGGCUGAAGGGAAGCCCAGAAGCCGCACUGAAAGCAUUGAAGAGGAAUGCUCUUCAAAUGGCAAACUUGAAAGCAAUGAUGUGAACACCAGACUGGAAAACCUGCAGCCGACAGAAAGUCAGGAACCCCCUCUGUCGCCAAACCGGUACAGACCCAGGGGCCACACCAUUUCGGAUUCUGCUCCAUCAAGGAGGGAGAGAAGGUCACAACGCGAUGGGGUUCAGAACAGAUCCACAGCUUCGAAUGCAGAAAAAAUUAGUGGGAUUAGCCCAAGUUUUGUAUUCCUACAGUUGUAUCAUUCGCCAUUCUUCGGAAGUGAAGCUAACAAGCCCCUUCUGGUACCCAAGACUGAGAUCACAGAGCGAGCCAUAAAAGUUCUGGACCAGAUGCCACCUUAUGACACACACAAGAUUGGAGUUGUCUAUGUGGGAGAAGGACAGACUAAUAAUGAAGUUGAAAUUCUGUCCAAUGCAUACGGCUCAUCCAGGUAUGCACAGUUCCUUACGGGCCUUGGCAAAUUAAUCUAUCUGCAAGACUGUAACCCAGAGCAGAUUUUCCUCGGUGGCCUUGACACAUAUGGUGAUGAUGGGCAGUUCACCUACUGUUGGCAUGAUGACAUCAUGCAAGCAAUAUUUCACAUUGCGACCUUGAUGCCAAAUAAAGAAUCCGAUAGAGCCUGCUGUAAUAAGAAACGGCACAUUGGGAAUGACUAUGUGGUUGUGAUAUACAAGGACACUGAGGAAGAAUACAAACUGGGAACGAUAAAGGGUCAGUUUAACUUUGUUGAAAUAAUUAUUAAACCUUUAGACUUUGAGAGCAACCUAGUGACCUUACAAGCACGAAAAGAUAUGGAAGGGUUGGUUGACACAAACGUGGCGAGGAUUGUGUCAGACAAGAAUCUUCCCCUGUUAGUGCGACAAAUGGCUCUGCAUGCAAAUAUGGCUUCACUUGUCCACCACAACAGUGCAGUUCCUUCAGAAGCUUAUGCCUCUAAGUGGCUAGCUCGGUUGCGACAGAUCAAACGGAUUCGAUCGAAGGUGUACGAAGACCUGCAGUAUCGUCAGAACGCUGGAAUUUCAUUGAUUCAUGCUGCUGGUCAGAGUAAAACUCACCACCAUCACCAUCAUCAUCACCAUCAACAACAGCAGCACCUUCCUCACCACCAUUACGGUCCACAGCACUCUCAGCAGCAACAGCAACCGUCACAGUCUGCCAAUGCAGAAACAGGCCAGCGGAAAAGGCUAAUGUCCACUGUGGAUGAUUUCACAGACUUUGUUUAGGUGCAGUCUCACUGACAAAACCUGUUAAAUGUGUGCAAUAUGUACACCAUACUGUGAUGAAAGCCAAAUGAUUGCUUUCAU